CUCUAAGUUACGCCUCUGCCAACACGUCUCUUUCCCUCGUCUGUGACAAACUGUGCAAUUCCGUGCUACUAGUCCACCAAACGAUGCGGCUCAUUUUUUUAAUGACGCUCGCCGGGGCGUUGGCUCUCGACUCAUUAAACGCUAACGAACGCGUGCAGUUUGGAAACAAAAACAUUGCCGACCAUUCGAACUCGGCCACGUUCGUUCUCGAUGGGAAAUUCACUGUGCAAUUACUUGUGAGUAUUGAACCGGCGGAAGAAGAAAUUGUCGGAAGGCGGACGGUUUUCGCUAAUCGACGGAGACCGAAUCGGAAAGAAGAAAUGUCUUCUAAUUGUAAAGAAGAAUUCUCAUUGCAAUUAGCGGAUCAAGACGCCAUACUUCGAACUAAAGUGGUUCAUAAAAAUGAAGGCCAAAGGAAAACAUUUGGCCCUAAAAAUAGAUUUCAUCGUUUGCCGACGACAACAACUCGCUACCCAACACCCACAAACUCGGGAGAAGAUCUGCCGUGGGAUUCACGUAAAACUAAAAAUGUUAAAGGAUCAGUCAUGACGGCAUUGAAGAGGACAUUGCCUACGAGGCCACGAAUCAAUCGAAUUCGAACAACUACGUUGCGUAGUCCUGUUUCUACGAAUUCUAGGAAAACCCAUUUCGCAGUAGAACAUGGAUUUGAUAAUGGCCUCAAUAAAUCAAGGGCAGUGCAAAAUCAAAACCUAGCGGCGGUGACAGUGGCCGAAUUCCAAAAGCAACAAAAAGAAGUUGACGCCAUAAACUUGGAAAUUGCAGCUAAUGAAAAGGUGAACGCAACUCAAUCGACCGAUGCCUCUUAUUCGGACCUUAUUCAUUCGAAAGAAGAGCCGCAAGUUCAGGCUCCUAUUUUUCAAAACACUAGCGCAGGACAUGAGUCCGCCAUUGAACGACAACCAACUACAGAGAUUAUGCCUACACAAACAGUUGAUAUUAAGUUGCCAUUGCCACUAAACUGGAGAAAGCCAAUCGCUAAGGAACCCGACGUUUCUGACGUUACUCAGGAGCCCGAAGGGCAAGUAUUCCCUGUGAAUGAAACGCUAAUUGUGCAAGAUGCCCAAAAUUCAUCGACAACAACCAAGCCGGUUUUGAAGCAUUCGAAUGACGACAAGUUGUCAGAUGAAGGAUAUGAUAACGAGCAUGAAAAAUCGAUCAUAAGCGAUAAGAGGAACUACGGUGAGAACAAAGAAGGUGAUUCUUUUAGCAAAAACGAAGAAUCUGGAACAAACCCAACGAUGGCAACUGAUAACGCUCUAUCGGUUAAUCCCAGUAAUAGUUCAGUUCUUGUUUUUUCUUUUAGCGAAGGCCAACGAGAAGAAAUAGCUAAAUUUGAUGAACCCAUUUUUAGACAUUCAGUGGCUGAUCGUGAGUUCUCCAGCGAAAUCACAACUCCAGCUGGAGAUUUUACGACAUCCGCCAUGGAAGUUAUCCAUUUACAACCCAAUAUUCUGGCUGUGAACUCGCCAACAAUAUUAAAUCCCAUUCCAGUUGUUAAUGAGCCUGACGUCGUUGAUGAAAUCACGACAGAGCCCGUUUUGGAUUUCUUACCUAUUACAGAGAUACCAUCAACUCACGGCCAGUCUUACUAUGAUGAAGAUCCCAACGAUUUCCCUUGGAAGCAGAUAGGUGAUAUUGAAAUCCAAAUAAACCCCCAAACGAAGGAAGUUAUCAAUAUCAAAUCACAAACAAUUAGCGGUGUGCAAUUUAUAAUGGCUACUAGCCACAUACCCAUUUCACUCCAUUCCGAAGAAUCCCAUGUGUUUCCAUGGGAACGGAUAGGAAAUUUUGAAGUUCAAAUGAACCCGCAAACAAAGCAGGUGGUCAACAUCAGAACUCAAACGACCGAACGUACGGAAACGAGAGUCUCCGAUCCAAUCCGCACUCAGUUUGAGCAACACGUUGCCGACUCAAGAGAAGAGAAGAAUGUCCAUCAUCACCCAAAUCUCAGUUCUGAUGAUACUCAAAUUCAAUUGACAACUGAAGUGGUGAUAAACCAAACCGAAACUGUUGCUACGGUUUCUUUGCAAACAACUAAUCCAUUACGUCUACCUCCUCAAGAGUCCGAAGCAACCCACACUGGUAUGAUUGCAGUGGAAUUACCAACAACAAUAAAUAGCAGGAGGACCAGUGUUAUAGAUUCUGGCCAAUUUGACGAGAUUUCCGAAGAAACGGAUGACGAUGUAACAACUAGAAAGAAGCAGGUCGUUCGUGUUGAUGACCGUCUUCGUGCAAUUCGCGUCCACAGGCCAAGUUCCCGCAAUUCCGAAGAGCACGAUGUGUUUUUGCUUCGUUAUGUUGAUGAAGAAGAUGACGUUCCAUUAGAUCUGGAACGUGCCAGAGGGAACAGCCCUAAGAAGAAGAACGUCGUGAUCGUGAAUCGUGAUGAAAGAAGAAUCGGCGGCCAGCGAGGUGACUCCCUAAUCAGGAAGGAAUCCCCCUAUUUUUAUUACCACUAUGACACAUCGCGUGCAUUGACUUCAAGUUCAUGUCAUCUUCCAAUCUUAGUCGGUUAUUUGUUAUUACUUUUUUUUAUGUUGUGACAGAACAGUUUGAUCGAUCGUUUACAUAUCCCACUCCCCAAUAGCUGCAGGCCAUGCAACAACAGUUUUAACUGUCAAUUUCUGUAGCACUUUUUAAUCAUGCUUUGCUCUCAGAGAACGUCCAUAUAACUCACGAAUGUCACCCGCAAUAUUAGACACGCAUGAUGGACAUUACCUCGUACGUGUUAAGGUUCGCCAUGAAGCAAAUUCGCACCGUGAUAAAGCUAAAAAAAGACGAAAGAUGUUUAUAUUGAUCAAACAAGUAGAGUAUUUAAUGUAGUAUUUAUGAAAUUUGAA